CCCACCAUGCGGCUCGAAGACAACGGCUUCGAGCUCCAUCCUCUGCGCCUUCCCCGCCCUCAAAUCCCUCCCUUCCUCCUCUAUGACGUAGUCGUAGAGUUAGUAAUUUGAAUCCUUCUCCUCUUUCUCUCUUCCCUUUCCCCUAACGAGCUUCACGAAUCCGAUCCCAAGCGAAGCAAUGGGGAACUGCGCUCCCAAGCCCAAGCCCCGAUCCCGCCCCGCGCAGCAUUCGUCGUCGCUGUUGACGCCCGACUUCCCGGCCGUGCGGCUUUACGGUCCGGAGUCGUGCCCGAUCUCCUCCUGCCUCCGCCUUGCUCUCCUGUACAAGUCUGUCCCCUUCCAGUUCGUCCCACGGAGCCCCCUCCUCGGCCUCCCCUUCCUCCAGUGUGGCGCCGACACGGUCGUCGGGGCCGCCGACUCGCUGCUCCGGGAGCUGGACUCCAGGUUCCCUCGCCCGCCGACGACCGCUACGGCGCUGGCGGACAUGACGUCGGCGGCUGAGGAGGUGGCGCUGGUGACGGCGCUGCAGCAUCGGAGCGUGGAGCGGCACGUGGAGGAGCUGGCGCGGUGGGCCACGGAGAUGGCUUCCGGCGGGGGCGGGAGGAAGGGGGAGGCGGCGAGAAUGGAGCGGAGCUACGGGCAGCUGGCGGAGGUGGUGCUCGAGCACGCACAGAUGGAGGAGCGCCUCCUCUUCCCCGCCUUCGAGUCCGCGGCCGAUCGAGGAGUGUGCAAAGUGGCGAACGAAGAGCACGCGAGGGACCUGCCCAUCAUCAACGGGAUAAAGGAGGACAUCAAAUCCAUGGUGGUGAUGGAGGCCGGAACACCCUUCCAUCAGGAGGCAUUGCUCAAUCUGUCCCUGAGAUUGAAAACCUUAGAGGAGCAUUUCAAGGGGCACUUCCAGGAGGAAGAGAAGAACAUGUUGCCGCUGCUGGAGAUGGCGAUGAGAAGCCAAAGAGAGGAAGGGGAAGACGAAUCCUCAUCGCGGUCAUGGAUGGAGCAAGUGUUGGUGCUUAUGGAGGCCACCCACUCCCCCCGCCUCUUCCCCUUCUUCAUGGCCGGGCUACUCCCCGAAGAGGCCAUGCAAUACGUGGGACUUGUCUGCCGGCAAACUGCCGACCAGCAACGCCUGGCUUCGAUGCUCCGAUCACUGAUCACCGUCCUCGAAACAAAACAGAGCAUUGUCGGGAUCCUGCGACAGCCCACGUAACAUGCUGUGUUCUCUGUUCUU